CAAUUCUGCUUUCCCCACGGCGGGUCGCGGACCUUCACCUCGGCAGAUAGGAUAACAUGACACCGCUUCACUGCCGUUCUCUGUUCAUCUUACCUCUUGUCUUUUCAACUUGCUUAGGAUAAGGAGGGAGAGUCCGCAUCUCUGGAAGCGAUAAGGGCAGGAGUGCCCAUAUUGCGGAACGUUGAAUUAGAGGGAACGGUUUCAGGACGGGGAGGAGGAUAGCAGGGCUAGGGGAGCCCCUUAUGCCCGGCAGGAGGCGCCGGAGAGGCAGAGGACCCCUAUCUGCGACAGUGGGAUCUCAACAAAUAGAAGAACCCCGCCGUUAAUUGGUUUCAGAGUCUGUUUCAAACCCUUCUUCUUCCCCAGCGACUUUCUUCUUGUAGGUCUUCGUCGAAUCGAUCCGUUAUACCGUGGCUUUUCUGGAAGUUGUGUUGAUUUUUUGAAGGGAAAAAGAUGGAUAUUAAUGGGGGCGUGCAACAACAAAGCGUUCUUGGAUUCCUCAAGGAGAAAGGCUUUGACGAAAAAUGCGUGGGGCAGAUGCUCCAGAAAUGCAAGCGUUUAGAGUUCACAGAGGCGGAGAGAGCGCAGGAGAACUGGAAAUACUUUGGGGAUAUGGGGAUCCCAAGGAGGAAGCUUCCUGCUCUUAUACGCAAGUGUCCGAAGUUGCUGGUUUUGGGUCUGGACGAGAGGCUGAGGCCGACGGUGGAGUGCUUGAAGGCGUUGAGUAAGAAGCCCAAGGAAGUGACCUCCGCCAUCCUCAAAUUCCCCUACAUCCUCUCUCAUAGCGUCGAGGAGAAGCUCUGCCCCUUGCUGGCAUUCUUUCAGGCGCUGGGCAUUCCUGAAGCUGAGGUCGGCAAGCUGAUCAUGCUUAACCCAAGGCUAAUCAGCUACAGCAUAGAGUUGAAGCUCCUGCCCGUUGUGGACUUCCUCACCGGUUUGGUUUCCAACAAGGAAGGUGCGGUGGGCAGGAUCCUGGUGAAGAAUCCCUACAUCAUGGGCUACAGUAUAGAGAAGCGUCUGCGGCCGACGGCCGACUUCCUGCGCUCAAUCGGACUGAAGGAUGAGGGCCUACAGCGGGUGGCCAUGACAUUUCCCCAAGUGCUGUGCAGAGAUGCAGAGAAGACGUUGAGGCCGAAUCUGGAAUUUCUUCGAACAAGCGGCCUUGGCCCUUCCCAGAUUGCCAAGUUGGUAGCUGGGUUCCCACCUGUUCUGGUUAAGAGUAUAAAGAACUCGCUGGAACCGAGGAUCAGGUUUCUGGUCCAUGUCAUGGGCAGAAAGGUCGACGAGGUGGCUGAGUAUCCAGAAUUUUUCCAACACGGGCUCAAGAAAAGGAUUGAAUUCAGGUACAGAUUAAUGGCUUACAAGCAGGAAGAAAAUUGCAGCUUGGUUGACAUCUUCGAGUGUAACCAAAAGAAGUUUGCUUUGCGCUUCGGCUUGCCCAGCGUUGCCACCCCCUUCUAAAUGAAACUGCUGCUGCCUGCCAUCACUUUUGUAGUUUCAACUCGAUUCGAGGCAGCCCUGCUUCGAGAUAGAGCUUCCUUGUACUCGGCAAGAUUUCACUUUUGAAUUUAUGUAGUUUCUUCCACCGCCCAACACAUGCUCGUGUUCGGGGGAUUGCUGGGGUUUGACUUGAGCCUCUCUCUCUCUCUCUCUCUCUCUCUCUCUCUCGUUUUGCUGUGUACCUUCAAUUCACUUUUAGGUUGCCCUGGGUGGACGUA